AAUUUAAGAUAGGUGGGAAUGUAGAAACUUACCACACACCCAAAGGCUAUUAUAUUGCUUCUGGCUUCUGCAUAAGUUUUUUCCAAUUUCAACUCUCACCGCAAAGAGAAGAAGAACUUGAUCUUGUAACAAAAUGCUUGAUCACAAACAUACCAAGAUAUCUAUAUUCUCUUUUAUCACAUUCUCAGCCAUAUUUUAUCUCAUGCUCUGUGAUUUUCUUAUCUACCACGAUUCCCUACACCCUGGAACACUAGUAGAAGUGCUGCAACACAGAAAUGGAGAAGGGAUAAGGUCAACUUUGACUCUCUCACACACCCCUUUACGUUCCAUGCAAGAAGAGAACGAAGGAGUUGGUGACAGAAACCAUGGAGUACUAGUUGCUCCACUUAAUGCCAAUGAAGAAGAGAGAAUUGCAUGGUUUAGAGGGAAGCUUCGCGAAUUCAAGAUUCUCAAUUCAGACAAGUUGAGCAGGCGAUUCCAUGCUCGGGUUCUGCGAUUUUUCAGCCACGAAUGCGAGUCUCGAUUUUUCAUGAUUUGGGAGUCCCCUGCAGGCUCAUUUGGCGCAAGAGAAUUGAUGUCCAUAGAUAGUGUUUUCAAGGUGCAUCCCAAGGCAUGCUUGGUGAUUCUAUCAAGGACUUUGGACACCAUCCGUAGCUAUAGGGUCCUUAAGCCAAUUCUUGAUGAAGGGUUCAAAGUUCAACCAGUGACCCCAGACUUGCAAUUUCUCUUCAAGGGGACUCCAGCUGAAGCAUGGUUGAAUGAGUUGAAGAAAGGGAAGAAGGACCCUGGUCAGAUUUCUCUCUUUCAGAAUCUAUCAAACUUGAUUAGACUUGCAGUUUUGUACAAAUAUGGUGGUGUCUACCUAGACAUAGAUUUUGUAGUCUUGAAACCUUUAUCUUUGUUGAGGAAUUCUAUUGGAGCACAAAGCAUGGAUGCUGGGAAUAAGCACUGGACUAGACUAAACAAUGCAGUUCUGAUAUUUGACAUGAAUCAUCCACUUCUUCUCAGAUUCAUUGAUGAAUUUGUGUUGACUUUUGAUGGGAACAGAUGGGGGCAUAAUGGUCCCUACCUUGUUUCCAGAGUGGUUAAGAGACUAGGGGAAAAGCCAGGCUUCAAUUUUACAAUCUUGCCUCCUAUAGCCUUUUAUCCAGCAGAUUGGAAAAAGAUUGGUGGUCUCUUUAGGAAGCCAAAAACUAGAAGUGAAUCAAAAUUGGUUGAUGCCAAACUGCUUCAGCUCAGUGGUGAGAGUUAUGGGGUGCAUCUAUGGAACAAAGAAAGUAGGAGAUUGAAGAUUGAAGAAGGAAGUGUCAUGGAAAGACUAAUAUCUAAUCAUUGUGUUACUUGCAAAAACUUAGGCUUCAUUUCACCAACCAAGCUUUGAGUUUCUCUCCACAACCAUUUUUUUUUUAUUUUAAUUCUUCUCAUAGGAACACUUGAUGUAAAUCACACAGCUCAGCUAGUUGUAAAGGAAUACUCUUUCAAGACAAUAAUAGUUUAUCUACUUGAUCAUUCCAAAAUUUUCAAUAAUGUUCAAAAUUCAAUGCCAAUUUGAUGGUUCUAUCCGAAUAUUCUACCCCGAAUUCUAAGUUUAAGCCGUCUAAAUUUCAAAGGGAAUCUAAAUCUUCCACAUCUCCACAAACCAAAUCCUGGCAAUCUCCUAAAGGACUCUUUCCUAGUCAACUUGCGCUUGCCACUUUUAUCAUUUCUAUAAUGAGAGCCAAAAUCUCCUUCCACGUAACUACCCUUUGAGGCUAACUCACUUUCUCUCUCGGUUCCAGCAAAAGGGAUGGAUCCAAUUUGCUUGAUCAUGGCCCAAGGAUCCUGGAAUUCAUGCUCAGAAUCACUUUCCCACAAAGAUAUGGACUUGAUAAUAGGUGAGCCACUAUAAGAGUCAAAAUGGGUUGCCAAACUUGUGUGCUCCAUGUCAAAUAAUCUACUCAUAGAUAUGCUUCCUCCUUUCAUCAACUCCAACAAAGUGGUUGAUUUAUGGGGUGAGGAGAAGGAUGAUGAGGAUGCUGCUGAAGAUGACAAAGAAGAUGAUGGCCUAUAUAGAGAUUUUUGGUACCGUAUAAUCUUCCUGAUUUUUUCCUUCUGUUCUUCUGUGUUGAUAAACCAGUGGGUAUCUACAUCUAUUUCCUCAGUAAUCUCUGAUAACAUGCUGUGUAUAAGGAUUCCAAUAAUAUGCGUGAUUCAAAUAAAUUUCCAAGA